AUGGUCGCAUUCAUUGUUCCUGGCAACUACGGUGCCGUCAUUGGCGUCGCGCUCGGCGCCAUCCCCGUCUUGGGCUUCAUCCACGGCUGUAUCACUGGCAGCCUGCGCAAGGAGGCCAAGGUGCCCUACCCCCACAGCUAUGCCUCCAUGGAGCUAUGCAAGGAAAACGCCAAAGCUGAGAAGUUCAACUGCGCUCAGCGCGCCCACACCAACUUCCUCGAAAAUUCCUCGCAGACAAUGCUCUUCACCCUGGUCGCCGGUCUGAAGUACCCUGAGUGGGCUGCUGGUCUGGGCGCUCUGUGGGUUUUCUUCCGCGCUCUGUUCCUUUACGGCUAUGUGUACUCGGGCAAGGCGCAGGGUAAGGGCCGCAUGAUCGGUUCGUUCUUCUGGUUUGUGCAGGCUGCUCUCUUUGGAUUGAGUGUCUACGGUGUUGGAUGGCCACUGCUUUCUUUCUAA